GUUUAUAUGGUUUAUGGACUUGGAUGCAACGUAACACGUGUUGGGUCGAGUACGUUUAUUUAAAGAGGGAGAGGACGUAGUGGUUUUGCCAGAAAUACGAGUUUUUUUUCCACAUUAAUUCAUCAGUUUUAGAAAGAAGAAUUUAAAUGCAAGAAAAAGGAAGACAGUAAAAUUAUUCCGUUUAUAAUUCAAAAAAGAAAACAUAGAUCUUGAAACAUUUAAACGUUGUAGCGUUGCAAAAGGGCUCUAUGUACUCCAUAUCGUCUUCCUCGAAUGGUACUUUAGUUUACAAAAAUAUUGUGUCAGUUUAUCAGAAGAGGAACAAGUCAGGAAUUUAUAAGUUUAUCAACCAAUACUGUUAUCAUGCGCAACGAAAUUACAGCAGCAGUACUGUUCUUAGUACAGCUGAUAGAAAAAAACGAAAAAUUUAGUCCCGAUCAAUUGGAAUGUUUCAAACGACAUUUAGUUGAAUUGUUGACGGAACGUUUUAAAAAUCAUUGGUUUCCUGAUAAGCCUUUCAAAGGUCAAGGUUAUCGUUGCAUACGUGUGAAUGGGCAUAAUAGAAGGGACGCGACCUUGGAGAGUGCUGCAAAUGCUGCUGGAGUGAAGUACGAAGAUUUGUCUCUACCAGUAGAGCUUACACUUUGGGUUGAUCCUAAUGAAGUUUGUUGUCGUUUUGGAGAAAGUAAGGGAUCAUAUUGCACAUUGGCAUCAUUUGAUGAUAAAGAAAAUACUGUACCAAUUUUUCAAAGAGAUAAUCAUGCAGAGAAAGAAAAUAAACAAUCUGAGAGGCAGACAAAAAUGCUGAAAACCCCACUGGUAUCUACUAUGGAAGAACAACAUGAAGUAAAACCUUUAAGCUCUGCAAAUCAAAAUCAACAUCAUAAUAGUACUGGUACAGGUAGGAGGCGCAAUUUGAACAGUCCCAGACUCCAUGUUAACAGAAAUCGUACUUGGUUUGGUCACUCCUUUGGCAUGGGCUAUGGACCUCAUCCGAUCACUCAACCAUGGUAUAAUAUCGUGCCACCUCAUUUUUUGAGCGGUCCAUCUCCACCUCCCUUCAUGGGCCAUCGGGGAAACAAAUGGAUUCCUCCUUCUUAUCCUGCUGGCCCAACCCGUUUUCAUCACUGGUCUCCAAAAGCUACUCUUAAAGUAUAAACAAAUUUGAUGCAGGUAUAAAUAAGAAAUCUGUUCCUUUAUUAUUAUUAUUAUUACUAUUAUUAUUAUUAUUAUUAUUAUUAUUAUUAAUAUUAUUAAUAUUAUUAAUAUUAUUAUUAUUAUUAUUAUUAUUAUUAUUAUUAUUCCUUUUUUUUUUUUUUUGAGCUAUGGACAAUGGUAAUUUCUUUUUUGUAUUUUUCAUUCUAUUUUAUCUUUGUAAUUGUGUAGUAUUUUAACUGCCAUUUCUUAUGUAUUAAAGCAUAUAUCUAUGGGGCUAAUCUAAUUAUACUUUUAUUAAUCAUUAGGAACAGAUUUCUUUAUUUAUCGGUGAUGAAAAUGAUUCAUUCUGUAAUUACAAAUGACCUUGUUCAAAUCGCGACUAAGGCUUACGAUUUUUUAUGACAAGAGAUGUUGUAUUAUUACAUGUUUAUAUACAUAUAAUUAAUCCAAAUAAUAGAUAUUUAACUCCGGAUGCAAGGUUGCUUGUAAAACACUAGUCUAUUGGGGAUAUAAAUAGAAUGUAUUAGUUUGUAUUCAUAUGAAAAGAGGCAAUGAAAUUUGGAAAGCCGUUUGCGACAAUUUCUUAUCAGAUUGGUUUUUAAAAAGAACUUUUUUAUGUGAAACAUAGAGUAAGUAAUCUCUCUAUAUACGAAGCAGUAUUGAUUUGUGUAUAUGUAUUUGAAAGGAAUGGCAAGUCAUAGAUAAAUUAUUCGUGCAAUUUAUUA